CAAAAUCCCCGCAAUGAAACUAACCCCCUUAUUUUUGUUUUAUAUUGCAGCACGUAUGCAAAAUGCUUCUCUCUCGAGCUUGUGUAACAGGAUCUGCUGCAUCUUUUAAUUUGAUAUCCGUUACAAAGAGCUCGGUCGUUUCCUGCAAGCUGAUUUCUGACCUAGCAUGCCUGUUAGCGGAUAGAAAAGGAAAAAAAGAAAAAAAGAAAAAAAAUCCCCACGUUUUAGUGAUAAAUAGUCUGUUUUGUGUAAUUUGGAAGUUACCAUCUAAAUAUGCGAAAUGUCUUUCUCAUGCUCUGAUUUCUGUUUAUUCAGCAAAACACUACCUGUGCACAGAUUCCUCAAACGAUUUAUUCCCCCCCCCCCCCCCAAAAAAAAGAAAAUCUACAUUUAAAGAUGUAAAAAUUAGGCUUUCCCUCAGAAUCAGGUUUCUAAAAAAAAGAGCUUGAAUAGCCUGCCAUAAGGUAAUAUGGCUUCCUUAUACCGUCCAUCCUGUGAGACUCCCAGGAAUUCCGCUUUGAUUGCUGCACAUCCUCCCAGUUGCUCCAGUAACUUGGCCAUAAAAAAGAAAAAAAAAAAAAAAAAAAAAAAAAAAAAAAAAAGGCGGACUCGUCUGGAGCAUUUGGAGUGGAGUGCAAUAAAGCGUCUGAGAACCAAGGUUAUUAACUGCGACUGCAAGGAGGCCUGCGAAACAAGAGGUGCCGCAACACCGAAGGCGACGGGCUCCUCUUGCUGCAGCAUCAGCACAACAGGCUUUUUCUUUUUUCUUUCUUUUUUUUUUUUUUUUGUUUGUUUUUUUUUGCAGGAAUAUUCUGCAUUUUUCCCCCCUGUCUUGUUGCUCGUGUUGUGGCGCAGUGGCAAGGCCUUUCCGUUGUCGGCCACCGGAGGGCGCUCCACCGAUCAAUGUCAAUGCCGUUUGAUUCUUUCAGAUUAAAGACUCGGGCGUUGACGCCUUCAGCAUUUUACACACACGUGAGGAACUGUUGCGCGUGGACAAGUCGAUUUUCUUCCACGAAGAGAAGUUGAAGGCCAAAAAGGAGGUCAAAGGUCCUCCCCUGUGGAAGGCACCGAGGACCUUUUGCAACUUUUCAGCAGCAGCUUCAGUUCAGACGAUGUGUUCACGGUUCAAGAUCCCCUUAUUCAAAUCAUGAUAUUUUACCCACAAUCCAAUGUACAUUUUUUUUUUGGUGCACUUUUCUUGACUUAACCUUAUAACAAAAUAUACGACAGAGAAGCUCGGCUCGGCUCGGCUCGGCUCGGCUCGGCUCGGCUCGGCUCGGCUGGGCUGGGCUGGCCGGGGAGGAGCCUGCAGCCCGCCUGCUCUUGUAAUUGGCUGCGCGCUGCGGCGACUAUUCCUAAUUAUUCAGCAAUGUUUUGCCCAAGCAAUGUCGGGCAGAAAGGGCGAUCUCCAGCCGAGCACAGCCAUGACAUGUCCCAACAACCAGGCUGCCAAUCCCUUUUUCGUGGACUCGCUUAUCAACGUCAGGGGCGAUGCGGGCUCUUAUUACCACAGCAACGGCGUGUAUCUGCCGCCGGAAUACUCCUACGGACUCCCCGGAGGCUUCGCCGGCAUCGCCAAGCGCGGCGAGGGGAGCGCGCCGAGCGGGGUCCCGGCUUCCGCGCCCUACGCUCCCGGGAUGGAGACGUGGCUGGAGGCGUCUCGCCCGUGCAGGGUGGAGCAGCAGCACGCGAGCCAGCAGUGCUCCUUCUCCGCCGCCGUCAAGGAGGAGAACGCCUACUGCCUCUACGAGUCCAACAAAUGCCCCAAAGGAGCCGCGGUGGAGGACGGCGCCUUCCCCGGGGCGUCGUGUCCGCUCACCGGCGGCGGCACCGUGCCCGUGCCGGGCUACUUCCGCCUGUCGCAGACCUACGCCUCCUCCGGGCUCUACCACCAAGCCCAGCCGAGCGUCCAUAACUUCCCACCGCAGAGAUCCCCCCGUGCGCCCGCCGCUUCCUGCGGGCCGCGGGAGAGCCGCGAGGCGGCGCCGGCCUCGGAGCCCCGCGUCGCCCCGGCCAGAGAGGAGGACGGCCGGCUGUCCACCGAUGACGGCUCGUCGUCCCCGGAGGCUGCGGACGAGUGUGAAGAAAAGCCCGCAAAAGAUGCUGGCAAAGCGGAGGGUCCGGCAAACUGGCUGACGGCCAAAAGCGGCCGGAAGAAGCGUUGCCCGUACACCAAGCACCAGACUCUGGAGCUGGAGAAGGAGUUCCUCUUCAACAUGUACCUGACCAGGGAGCGGCGCCUGGAGAUCAGCCGCAGCGUGCACCUCACCGACAGGCAAGUGAAAAUCUGGUUCCAGAACAGGAGGAUGAAACUGAAAAAAAUGAGCCGGGAGAACAGGAUCCGGGAGCUGUCCGGAAACUUCGCUUUCUCCUGAGACUUGCGAGGCGGACGCGAACGCAUCUUCAUCCCACCGGACUGCAGGGAGAAUCGACAGGAACCCCC